CGGAAGCGGUAAUGUUGUUGCGACUGUAGAGAACGAGGGAAGCUCGAAGCUACCAGCACUUUCUAUCAGAAUAACUUAACAUUGAGCUUUAGGUAAUAUAAAUUGUUGACGGUGUCUCACAAUGAUUAUCCCUGUCCGGUGCUUCACCUGUGGGAAGAUCGUGGGUAACAAGUGGGAAGCAUACCUCGGUCUACUUCAAGCCGAGUAUACUGAAGGUGAUGCCCUUGAUGCCCUGGGCCUGAAGAGAUACUGCUGUCGGAGGAUGCUCCUUUCUCAUGUGGAUCUUAUUGAGAAAUUGUUGAAUUAUGCUCCGCUGGAGAAGUGAUUGCAACUGGCUGCCUUCAAGAGCGGCAAGGACAUUAUGGGGCUGUGGCAUGGACAGAUUCAUGUUAUUAUGUUAUGUGACAACGGAUGGCAACUGCAGGGGUGACUUUUGGAACAGUCAUUUGUGCACCUAUUUGAUAAUGCAUUUUUUUUCUAAAUAAAGUUGUUGAAUGACA